AUGGAACUACAUGUGAAAAGCAGUGAUUGCCAGGGGGAUGUUUGGUGUCUAAGGUACCUCCUAGAUUAUAACGUCAAAAUGACUUCAGCACCAUCCGAUUCAGAAUCUAAUCUCUACCCUACAAAAGCUGUAAUAAUGUGUCUGGAUGCUAGCUUUUUACCAGGCUGUGCGAUUCAAAGGAGGUUCAAUUUGCCCCUGGACCUACUAAACAGGAAAUUAGCCAAGAACCAGGGAAAGCGGCGGGCGGAUAUUGACGUGAACCGCACUAUAAAGUAUUUU